UUCGACCCGAUCUCGAGCAUUUCCACCGUGGCCCUUAAUGAUGGCUUAUUAACCGUUAACUGCCUACCUACAGACAUUCUUACCGGUAACCUACCUACCGACUUACUUAAUGCUGCCUUCACAGGGCGGCAUGGGAGGUGGUAUUGAGCGGCGAUGGAGAGACAGACCCCUAACACACCGAAGUAAAGCAACUUGAUGCUCCGAAAUAUAAACUAAAGAAAAGGAAUUUUCCUCGACUGUCUCCUUCAAACGUAUCAGAAGCCGACUGAGUACAGAUAACCCACCCAACAUGGUGCUAGACACACCUGUGUCUACAGAUACUGCCGGCAUCGGUCGUUUCUGUCGCCAGUAUCUGCAGCUAGAAUCGGAUCUGGACUAUCCUCCACCCGUCCACCUGCGAGAUGCUCGUGUCCAGGAUAUCCUCUACCGUCGCAUAUUUGCCGAUGGUGCCCUCCCUUACCCCCCUCCUCGGAGGUAUCAGUUGAGAGUUUUGAAGGAGCUCGUGUCAAGAGUUGAAUCGAGCAUCGAGGACUGGGAUCUCUAUGGGGUUUCGGAAGACUUGAUGGCUGCUCUCUCCCAUCUGCUCGCUUUCCCGCUCCCGUCGGAAGCCGUGGCUGUGCAGCAGAAGUCGUAUGUCACGUACUCUCUGCCAGCUCUUGACCAGUCGAAUAAUCUAGAUUCUCCCCCGGCUCAGAUCACGCUGCUCGAGUUCCGUCAUCUCAUUUCCGCCGCCGGGACAACCGGAUUGAGGACGUGGGAGGCAGCUCUCCAUCUUGGGAAAUUUCUCUGCGCGAAUCCGUCCUUCAUCCGGGGGAGGCGCAUUUUAGAGCUAGGGGCCGGCACCGGGUACUUGUCGAUACUCUGUGCCAAAUUCCUAGCCCCUACCCUGGCCAUCGCGUCCGAUGGUUCCGACGAUGUAGUAGCAAACCUCCCGGAGAACUUCUUCUUAAACGGCCUCCAGGAAUCAGGUCUAAUCCGGGAAAUGGACGUGAAGUGGGGGCACGCUCUAGUAGGAACAGAAGACGAACAUUGGAAUGGCGGCAGGCCGAUUGACACUGUUCUCGGCGCGGACGUCACCUAUGAUAAAAGCGUCAUCCCGUCUCUCAUUGGGACGAUGGAGGAACUCGUAGGGAUGUUUCCCAAAGUUACUAUCCUUAUCGCGGCUACCGAAAGGAGCCGCCAAACAUUCGACGUGUUCCUCGGGGUCUGUGAGGAGAGACGCCUCAACGUAGAAGACAUUGGCCCCAAAAUUCCGCGCAGGCAGGACCAGGAAGGUCCAUUUUACAAUGACCAUGUACCGAUUAGAAUAUGCAGAAUAACCAAGUCGGUAGAAUUGUAGAGCUGCAGUGUGUCGCCGUCGUCUACGAUUGUACGCAAGGAGGAUGAGAAUAGAGCGAGACAUGAAGCCGAAUAGAACAAGAGCGACAUCAUCAAGUUGCUCUGAGCCCGAGUGCCAAGGAUACGAGAUAGGGGGUACCUCUGUGACUUAGGAAUUGGGUGUCCCCCUUUAGAGAAGAAACGGCGGGGCCAAGGGACAUG